AUGCCGGGCUUCGACUUCAGCAACCACAACCGCAAUGCCGCCCUGCACGCUCAGGGCGUGCCUCUCCCCAAAGCCACCUCGACCGGCACGACCAUCGUGGGCUGCCUCUACGACGGCGGCGUGGUCAUCGCCGCCGACACACGAGCAACCAGCGGGCCCAUAGUAGCAGACAAGAACUGCGAGAAGCUCCACUACAUCUCCCCCCAAAUCUGGUGCGCCGGCGCCGGCACGGCCGCCGACACCGAAUUCACCACCGCGCUCAUCUCCUCGAACCUCGAGCUGCACGCCCUCUCCACCGGCCGCACGCCCCGCGUCGUGACCUGCAUGACGCUGCUCAAGCAGCACCUCUUCCGGUACCAGGGCCACAUCGGGGCCUACCUCGUCGUCGCCGGCGUCGAUCCCACGGGCGCCCACCUCUUCACGGUCCACGCGCACGGCUCGACCGACAAGCUGCCCUACGUGACCAUGGGCUCCGGCUCGCUAGCCGCCAUGUCCGUCUUCGAGACGCAGUGGAAGCGGUCGCUGAGCCGAGACGACGCGGUCAAGCUGUGCGCGGACGCGAUCCAGGCGGGCAUCUUCAACGACUUGGGGAGCGGCAGCAACGUGGAUGUGGCCGUUAUUACGGCGGAGAAGACGACGCUGAUGCGGAAUUACAUCACGCCGAAUGUGCGGGAGAAGAAGCAGAGGAACUACAGGUUCGAGAGGGGCACGACGGCCGUGCUGGCCGAGAAGGUCAUCAAGAGGGAGGAGAUUAGUAAGUAUGUCACUGUGCAUGAGUUAAGCGACGAGAGCGUGGCGGGCGCGGCGGAGAAGAUGGAUGUGGAUCUUUAG